AUGGAUUCCCCACGAAGCCACGCCCCUUUGUGCCGAACAACAGGUGGAACAGCAGUCAUCAGUAAUCAACGAGGACUAGGCACACGUCUCAAUCCAUACUACCAGUCUACACCACAUCAACCAAUGGUUCAAUCAAUGUCACAACCUGUUAAUUACCCCAAUUAUGGAGUGGGCGGAGUCUCGAGUAGUGGACAAGUACUCUUGCAAGGACCACCUCCCGGACUGGCACCCGUCGGACAGUCGCCUGAUUUUGAUUCGUGUUAUAGCUCUUGCGACGACAUCUCCCAUCCGUCGCUCAGCCGUGAAUCGUCCGAUCCCAGUAAACUUGAUGAUGACCAAAGAACCAUAAGAUAUCCAGCACCGGAAGUUGUCGAAUUCGCGACAAAAUUGGGCUAUUCCACCGAACAGCUCAGUCACGUUCUGAAUCAGAUUGGUGUCGACUCGAAGACGGACGACGUUCUCUCGGAACUUGUAAAAAUGGGCCUCCCCAAUGGGAAAUCCAAUCUGAUGAUGAGCUCCCAACCAUCCUCCUCGUCCUCUACAAAUCAUCGUCCCGUAGCUCCUUCCUCAUCUGCCCCUCCAUCAUCCACAACGUCUUCUUCAAAUGUGACGUCAGCCUCCAACUACGCAUCAUUAUACCCACAGUAUACACCGGAUCCAAGUUUAAGAGCUGUCAUUGUGGAUGGAUCGAAUGUUGCCAUGUUACACGGCCGCAAAGAAGUAUUCUCUUGUGCAGGUCUCCGCUCGUGUCUUCAUUAUUUUCUGGAACGAGGCCAUCCUGAAGUUCUCAUUUUUAUUCCCCAAUACAGAAGAGAACAACCACGAUCGGAUAGUCCAAUCACAGAUCAACAUAUUCUACAGGAAAUCGAACGACAUAUCAUUUAUACUCCGUCUAGAAACAUAAACGGCCGUCGUGUAGUCUGCCACGACGACAGAUACAUUCUCCGAACUGCCGAGCUGAAAGACGGUGUGGUGGUGUCAAACGACGAGUAUCGUGACUUGACGAAAGAGAAUCCGGCGUGGCGGAAAAUUGUCGAGGAGCGACUUCUUAUGUUCACUUUUGUCGAGGAUAAAUUUAUGCCCCCAGAUGAUCCAUCAGGUCGUCAUGGUCCACGAAUCGAAAGUUUCCUCUCAAAAGUGCCAGUCGUCUCGUCGAACCCACUGAUUUGUCCAUACGCCCGGAAAUGUACAUACGGAAAUAAAUGUAAAUUCUAUCAUCCGGAGAGAGCGAACGGACAACAUAUGAGUGUUACGGAGAGGUUGAUGAAAGAGAAUCAACAGAAAAAGUCGUUGGGAGCAGUCAAAUCAAUGCAAUACGAGAUGUUCAAGAACAAGCACGCCGCCUUAUCCCGUACUCAAUCCCUGAAUGUAGUCAAACCACUGACGGAAAACAUCUCUCAACUACCUCCAACCCCCGAGAGUCCAAUUCAAAUGUCACGUCAACACAUGCAAUUACAACAGGCUAACAGUGCUCCAUGGCAACAACACAGUGCAGUGCAAAGACACGGAUCGUCUCCAUUGACACCAGUUAACCGACAGAUGAACGUCUAUCCCGAAAUGUACAACUAUCAAAAUCACCAACAAGUGCUUCCACAUCAACACGGAGUGAUUGGAAGUCAACGACCACCUAAAAUGACAACUACAGUAUCUCAAACGCAUCUUUUCGCACCCUCAACUGCAGUUUGGGGACAUUCGGAACUUUCGGUUGGACCAGUUAAUACCAACGCCGAAACGAAUGAAACGCACUCAGAAGCCCGUGCACGUGUACAUUUCCACCUUUGCCAUAUUUUUCCCCAUGAUUACGUCGAAUCGGUGAUGGCCGCCAACCCGGAAGAAGUCAACGCCCCGGUACUCUGUGAGCUCAUUAUCCGAGCUCAAAAAGACUAUCGCAAGUAA